AUGUGUUUGUGGUAUUGGUUCAAAAUUUUCGCACCAUGUAGUGGAGAGACACUUGAAGCUUUGCUUAGAAUUGAACUUUUCAUCUUUUAGUGGUACUUUGGUGGGAAUGAUUUAUUUGUAUUUGUAUUUUACUGCAUUAACACUUUAGAUUUACAAGAUUUUUUUUAUUUUAUUAUGUGUGUGUGUUCUUGCAUUGUUGUGAUCCCUCAUAGAGUUUAGAGCCUUAUUUUAUGUGUAGCACUGUACGAUCCAAUUGCAAGGCAAGGGACUUGAGUCCCACAUUGGAAGUAUGGAAUACUAGUGUGGGGUUUAUAAGGCCUUGGGCUCUCCAACUGCAAUAGCUAGUUUUUGUGGUGUGGUCGCCCAAGGGGUGUUGGAGUGAAUUGGGUUGAUGUGCAAUGCAGAGAUCGCGUAAAGCUCUUCUGGAAAGAAGAGCAAUAGAGAAGGCUACAAGUGGAAGGAACUACCUGUAUAAAGUUUCUCUGUCGUUGGUUUUUUUAUGGGGCCUGGUCUUCCUCUUGUGGAUAAGCCGUGGCCUUGGUUAUGGAGAUGGAUCUAUAGAAGUUCCAGUUGCUGUUUCAAACUGGAAUGAAGAUGAACAAAGACAAUGUAAAGACUCUAAUUCUGACGAUGAAUAUUUGACUAAACAGACUGAUGAGGUUUACAUUCCUUCUGAGAAUUUCCGCUCAGAUGGUGCCAAAACUGAUAAUUUUAUUGGUGAAUCACUUUCCAGUGGAGAAAGCAUAAACUAUGUUGAACAGGGUGAUAAAGAAAAUUACAUUUCUCCUAAUAUAGAGGAGCAUGGAGUUGAGAUAACUGAAUCUGAUGCUAAACAUCAAAAUGGUGUUCAUAAGUUUAAUCACUUGUCUCAGACAAUGCCUCUUGGUCUUGAUGAAUUCAAGAGUAGGGCAAUUGGUUCAAAAAUUAAGUCAGCAACUAAUCCAUCUGAAAGUGUAAUACACAGAUUAGAGCCUGGUGGUGCAGAAUACAAUUAUGCUUCAACAUCAAAGGGUGCAAAAGUGCUGGCUUCUAACAAAGAAGCCAAAGGUGCCUCUGACAUUCUAACCAGAAACAAAGACAAAUACCUCCGAAAUCCAUGUUCUUCAGAAGAGAAAUUCAUUAUUAUAGAACUUUCAGAAGAAACCUUGGUAAAAACAAUAAAAAUGGCUAAUUUUGAGCACCAUUCUUCCAAUUUCAAAGAUUUUGAAUUGCAUGGCAGUUUGGUCUAUCCAACAGACAGUUGGAUUUUCCUUGGGAAUUUCACGGCCUCAAAUGUGAAGCAGGCUCAAAGCUUUGUUCUUCAGGAGCAAAAAUGGGUGAGAUAUCUAAAAUUGAAUCUUCAAAGCCACUACGGUUCAGAAUUUUAUUGCACACUGAGCAUAUUUGAAGUUUAUGGGGUGGAUGUCAUUGAAAGAAUGCUGGAGGAUUUGAUAAAUGCACAAGAUAAGACAUUUUCAUCUGGGGAAGGUAAUGGUGAGAAGAGGGUAGCAUCAUCCCAUCCUAACUCUGCUGAGGCUGACUAUGUCCGGCAAAAUACUUACAUAGGGAUCAAUUCUGAUCCUGCUUCAGAAAUCUCUUCUGAAAACCAAGAAGCUGUGAAUGUAAAUAGAAAUGCUCCUGAUCCAGUUGACGAAAUCCGGCAACAAGUUGGCCGGAUGCCUGGGGACACAGUUCUCAAGAUUUUGAUGCAGAAAGUUCGAUAUCUAGACUUAAAUUUAUCUGUUUUGGAACAGUAUAUGGAGGAAUUAAAUUCUAGAUAUGUAAAUAUUUUCAAAAGGUACAGCAAAGACAUGGGAGAAAAAGAUCUACUUCUAGAGAAGAUCAAUGAAGAAAUUAGGAGUUUCCUUGAACGACAAGAUGUUAUGAUGAAAGAAGUUAGUGAUCUUGAUUCUUGGAAGUCCCAUUUUUCUGUGCAACUGGAUCAUGUACUUAUUGACAAUGCUGUUUUAAGGGCUGAGGUUGAAAAGGUCCAGGAAAAUCAAGUGUCUUUGGAAAACAAGGGAGUAGUAGUGUUUUCUGUGUGUGUUAUUUUUUCAUUGCUUGCCAUAUUACGGCUAUUUUUGGAUAUUAUUAUGAGCAUCUAUGGAGUACUAAGUUUUGACAGAACAAUAACCUCCAGGAAAUUUUCCCAACGUAGCUCUUCCUGGUUUCUCCUAUUAUUGAGUUGUAGCAUCAUUAUUUUCACAUUAACUUUAUGAUAAUCCUCUUUU